GAAGAAGAAGAAAAAUCUCCACAAAUACAAAUAUGAAAAAGUAUAAAUGAAUUAUUUUAUUAUAAUCUAAGUGAAUAUUUAAGAUUUCAACUAAAUAUUUCAACGGUUUAGUAAACACGGCUGCUGAUUUUUACACAGUCUUCCGUAAUGUGUACUUUAAACCAACAAAAAUGUUUAAACAAUCAUUUAAAUAUUAUAAGUCAAAAAAUCCACCACCUAAUUUGGAUGAUGUUCUCAAUUUAAAUAAGCCAGAGGAAUUAUUAGCAAAAUCCUUAAUAAAGCCUGUUGACGUAUAUUUUAAUAUAAACGAAGGGUCUCAUUAUGGUUUAAGAAAACCCAAUGAAUGGGAAGCUUAUGAAAUUGUAUCCAAAAGAGGCUUAAUUUUUAUCAAAAAUCCAUUUCUGCCAAGUGGUCAAAGGUAUUGGAUUAAAAAGAGCCUUAAAGAAUACUCCAAAAAGCCAAAUAAAUUAAACAUUGACCCCUUCAAUAUUGUGCCAAAUAAUACAGACUGGUGGGAUGUUAGCCAAACAGAUAAGAAAAUUUUAAUGAGUCUGCGAUGGGCUACUCUUGGGUAUCAUCACAAUUGGGAUUCUAAAAUAUAUUCGGAACAAAACAAAUCAGAAUUUCCUGUGGAUUUAAAACAUAUGACUGAAUAUGUAUCAAGCAAGUUAGGAUUCCUUAACUUCAGUGCAGAAGCAGCAAUUGUAAAUUAUUAUCAUCUUGAUUCAACACUUUCUGGUCACACUGAUCAUUCAGAGGAAAAUUUAGAAGCUCCAUUGUUUUCCUUUAGUUUUGGACAAAGUGCCAUAUUUUUACUUGGAGGAAAAACUGUAGAUGAGAAAGCUACUGCCAUAUUUUUACAUAGUGGAGAUAUUGUAAUAAUGAGCAAAGAUUCCAGGUUAUGCUAUCAUGGUGUUCCAAAAAUAAUGAAGUCUAACAAUGAAAUGUGGAAUGAGGAUAGUGACUAUGUCUUAGCUAAUGAAGACUUUUCAGUGCCUGAAGAUAUUUUAUGGAGGCCUUUUCAUGCUUAUUUAAAUGAUUCAAGAAUUAAUAUUAAUGUCAGGCAGGUUUUAGAUAUCGGUCAGUUAAGAUUAAACACAGAUGGGAUGUUAUAAGUUAUUGUUAUAUAUUAUGAUAGUUCUAUAAUUAUUGAAAGAUAUACAUUAA